CUGGAUCUUUACCACAACCUGGAGCAUUGCUGUUUCCGGCAGUUCCUGAAUGUCAUCCGGGUGUGUCUGACUUUCCCACAGUUAUUUGAACAUGGUGAGUGAGCCAGUGAAGAAAAAAUCUCCCAAAGCUGCUAAUGGGGAGAAGAAGCCUUCGAAACGCCGGCUGAAAAGGAAGGAGAGUUAUUCUGUUUAUAUCUACAAAGUCCUCAAACAGGUCCACCCGGAUACAGGUAUCUCCAGCAAAGCCAUGAGCAUCAUGAACUCCUUUGUGAACGAUGUGUUUGAACGGAUCGCUACAGAAGCUUCACGACUGACUCAGUACAACAAGCGGAGCACCAUCACCAGCCGGGAAGUGCAGACUGCAGUCCGACUGUUGCUUCCUGGGGAGCUGGCAAAACAUGCAGUCUCUGAGGGGACCAAAGCUGUCACCAAAUAUACCAGUGCAAAAUAGCUGGAGGGAAGGUGCCCCCUGGAUGAUUGUGGGGAAACUGUUCAACAAUAAAGUUUAACUUUUUCUGGAAACACAU